AUAUAAGUAUGUUCACACUUGAAUAUUUUUCAUCAUAGCAAGUAUUAAGUAUAAGACGUUGUUUAAAUAUCAUUCAUUCUCGUUAACCUGAUCCAAUGAGAAUGUGGAUAGCUGGGAUUUUGAUACUUUGUGUUAUUCAUUGUGCACACGCACAAGAACCCAGACAUGGGGUUUGUCCGACAAACUCUUGUAAUCGUAUUGGUGUAAAAUCUAAUUGCCAAGUUGACUCAGAUUGUAAAAAAAGAAACCAAAAAUGUUGUAGGAACCAACGUGGAAAACUAGCGUGUACUAAUCCUAUAACGGGGGAUCGUGGUGGAUGUCCACUGUGUGGAAAUGGAGAAUGCCCACUGUGCAUCCAAUACCAGCAGCUAUGUAACGCAGAUAAAGAUUGUAACCCAGGUGAGCUGUGUUGCUACAACAAUUCCUGUGGUACAUCUUGUGAAACAAAACAGGCUCGAUGAAAUCAUUCUUUACUGUAUCCGAAGAACCCAUGUAAAACAUCAAGUUAUGAUGAGCUUAAAUUUCAUUUAUUUAAUUGUGACAUAACUAAUUGGGUCAAUUACAAAAAUAAAGAAUGAAUUAAGCAGAA